GACUCGGCGAACUGCGGGGGAGAACCAUUCACAGCGAGCAGCGCAAGCAGCGGGACACUGAGAUGCCGAGCCGCGAACAUCACACAAGAGAACACACGACUAAACACACCUUUAUAUGUUCGUGGAUCUACAGUGUCUUUUUUAAAUAUCAGGAACUUUAGUAACAGCUCGGGUUUUUUAUUUUUAUUUUUUUAAAGGAUUCGAUCGAAGGAUUGGACACUACUUUUUGGAGAAACUCAUUUUUGUGUUCGGGGCUUGAAAAAGAAGCGACGGAAUCAUUAUAAACGCCUCUCGGAUCUUUUGCUUUCUGCUGUCACCGAGGAGUUAAAAGUCCAAGGAGGAAUCCUGAAUGAAAGAACAAAGAAGAAGAUGUGAGACUUCACGUGAAACGGCCGUUUGAGAAGCGCGAGCGCGUCGCUUUCAUCUCUGAGGAGAAAAUCACUUUCCCGCCGUUUAAUUUAUAGCGCGCUUCAUAAUGUCCGAUGUUGGAUUAUUGCAUUCGCUUCAACUUCAGAGAAAGCAAAGGAGCAUGUGUAACCCGACUCUCUGUGUUUUACUCUUCCUGACGUGUUCCUGCUCGUCCUCGUCUUCAUGUCCUGCCCAGUGUUUGUGUGAAACCACGGUGGUGAGUUGUGUUAGCCAAAACUUGAGAUCCAUCCCACAGCCCCUUCCAGAAAACAUCACCGAGCUUAACAUCAGUGGAAAUUAUAUAAGCAAUCUGAACAAUGAAUCCUUCCCCAGACCGCUGGAACAUUUAACACACCUUUAUGUGUCUGGAAGCCAGGUGGAGGAAUUGGACUCCAUGGUGUUUAAAAACUUGCCAAGUCUGCGUUUACUUGACCUCAGCAACAACAGGAUUUCACAGUUCAGCGUUGAGGCUUUACCUCGAGACAACAAGAUUGAGGCUCUAAACCUCAGCAAAUCCUUAUACAAUCACUCCUACAUCGGUGUGUUCGCAGAUCUGUUCAAACACAGCCUGCCGAAGGUUUCUCAUCUUGAUUUGUCCAGUAAUGACCUGGUGCUCCUUCCAGAAGGCAUGUUCGCAGGUUUGUCAGACCUCACAGUUUUGGAUUUGAGGAACAACUCCCUCGUUACAAUCAGGAAUGACACGUUAUGCAAUCGGGCACUUAAAGAGUUGGACUUACGAGACAACGCGUUGAAAGCCCUGCCCAACAUGACCCUAGAGAAGCUCAGUUCGAUCCCUGAUUUGCGAGUCAGUCUCGCAGAAAACCCCUGGCGCUGUGAUUGCAAUAUUGAGGACAUGUUGGUUUGGUUGGAGAGACAUCAGUUUGUGGUAGACAGAUUAAACCUAACAUGCUCUGGCCCGGCAGAACUAAAAAAUGUCCCACUGUUACACCUGGUACAGUCGCCGCUGUCGUGCUGGAGCAACGCUGGAGAUGCGAUGGACCGUGCGCUGGAGCCCUCCUAUGUGUUCUUGGGGAUGGUUCUUGCCCUCAUUGGGGUCAUCUUCCUUCUGGUCCUUUACCUUAACAGGAAAGGGAUCAAGAGGUGGAUGUACAAUAUCCGUGACGCGUGCAGAGAUCAUAUGGAGGGAUACCAUUACAGAUACGAGAUCAACUCUGACCCGCGGCUAGCCAACCUCAGCCUCAACUCCGAUGUGUGACGAGACACAUUUGGAGAACUGGCUUGCACAACUGGCACACAAUGAUCGGACUCUAGCUUUGCAUGAAUACGUAUAUAACUGUAGAGAUUUGCAGUGACAUGCAUUCUUUUCCGUCGGAUAGGAGGUUAACUGGAUUCUGCAAGCGUCAACCCUGUUAUGCUCGCUGCAGGCUCAUUCAUAUAUGCUGGUGUGUUGCUAUAAUGU